ACAAUGUUAGCGAUGGAGAGAAGAGAAGAGGAAUUGAUUCGAAAAGAGAAUUGUUUUCUUCGAAAGGAAUGUCAAAAAUAUAAGAAAAUAAUCUUUUUGUUGAACGAAAUGAACGUUUUGAGCGAAAACACGUUUUUUCGGUGUAAAUGUCAUUCAAUUUUCGACACUUUUCUCAACAAAUGGUUUCAAUUCGGACAACAAUUACAAGAGUUGAAAACGCGAGACGAGGUGUGCGACCCGUGGCCGCAGAAGGACGCGACGGAAGUGAUAGAAAUGGUCGCGAAUUGCAAACAAUUGUUGAGCAAAAGAGAGCCGAAGAGGAAAGCGAAACGAAAGGAACGGAAAUCGGAGAAAGAGAAGAAAGAGAACGAAAAACAAGUGUUUUUGUCGCGAACCAAACGUCUUCAGUGCCAAUGGCCCGGGUGCGACGCCAUGUUCAGAGACCGCGAGGAUCUCGAGAAUCACAAGUGGAGACACACCGGCAACAAGCUGUACGCGUGCGACUGGCCAGGCUGUCAGAAGAGCUUCUCUUCGCGCUGUUAUCUCAAGAAACACCACUCGACGCACGAGAACCCGCACGUCUUCAAGUGUCUGCACCAACAAUGCCAACACGCGUUCGUCACGAGCGCCGAACUCAACGCCCACUUCGCCGAACACCACUUCGCGCGCAAACCCUUCCGAUGCGAGUUCGCGGAUUGCGGCCAAGAGUUUGCUGUGAAGCGGAACCUGAAGGACCACCAAAUCGUGCACAUCGACGAGAAGCGCUUCACGUGCGACUGGCCCGGUAGAAGUGGUCAGAAGUACACGGAAGAGGGCGGCAGCGAAGCGCCCAAACCUGUGGCCACACAACCGACCAAAACGCCGAAACGCACCGAAACCACGACCAAGAAGGAGACGACCGCUAAGAAAAAGGCGGUCAAAGACACCGAACCCAAGAGUGAAUCCAAGACCGAGUCCAAGACUGAGCCCAAGAGUGAGUCCAGGAGUGAAUCGGCGCCCAAACGGAGCCGAAGAGCGGUUGUUGCGGAGGAAGAGAAGCCGACCACAAGUGCUGUCAAAGAGAAGAGAGGGACGCGAAGCGCGAGGAAUGCGGAACCGGUUGUCGAAGCGAUUGUCGAACCGAUGAGAAAGAGUCGGAGAGGAAAAGCGGCGGAAGAGAAGAGCGAAGCGCCGAAAGUGGAGAAAAGCGUCGCCAAAAAAGCGAACGAAAAGCCGACAAAAGUGACGGCAAAACGGAAUGCGAAGAAAACGCCGGAAAAUGCGAAAGAAGUGAAAGAAAUAAACGAAGAAUUGAAUGAAAAAAGUGAAUCAAAAACGAGUGAAGAAGUGAUCGAAGAGACGAAGAGUGAGGAGAAGGAGGAGAACGAAGAAGUGAAGGAAAAGAGUGAAGAAGUAGAAGAGAAGAGCGAAGAAUUGGCGGAAAUUGCGGAACAAUUGGACGAAAAGAAAGACGAAAUAAUUGAAGAGAAAAGCGACGAAAAGAUUGAAGAAUCAAAAGAAGAGAAAACGGAAGAAAAAGAAGAGAAAAUGGAUUUGAGUUCAGAAACGGUGACGUCAUUGAAGAGGAAAGAAAUGGACGAAUCGGAAGAAAGUUCCAAAAGACAAAAAGUGAGCCGUUUUUCCGUUCCGUCGAUUCCCAGAGUUUGCGGACAACUGUUCUCUUUGGGCGAAGAAAUCGCCGGUGAAUUGGGUUUACGACAGAAGCGCGUCAAAGAGACCAAAGUGAAGGACAACGAGCCGUCGCCCGUGACGGACAAAGAGCACAACGCGUUGGAUCACGUGGUGGCCGUGGUUUGCGGCGCAAUGCACUCCUGCUGUCUGACGUCAGAGGGAAAGGUGUUGACGUUCGGCUGCAACGACGACUCGGCGCUCGGGAGAGACACUCUGACGUCAUUGGACGCGACGGACGACAGUUUGGAUUUGGACGAGUCGGAAGAGCGCGAGUGUCGCACUCCGCGACAAGUGGCCGGUUUGCCGGAAGUUGUGGUCAAAAUGACGGCCGGAGAUAUGCACACGUGUGUCCUCUGCGCCGACGGCUCGGUCUGGGUUUGGGGAAACUUCAAAGACGAGUCCAAGAAGUUCGGGCUUUUCAGCGAAAGCGCGCGAAACGGCGACGACUUCGAGGCGACGCGAGUGCCGAAGCGCGUGAACAUCGCGGCCAAAGUGGUGGACAUCGCGUCGGGCUGUCAUCACAUCCUUCUGCUGUCAGAAGAGGGACGAGUGUUCAGUUUCGGCGAAGGCUCCAAAGGCCAGUUGGGGCGCAUCGGCGAAGACCGCUUGCAGGCGCUGCAGUCGAACCGCGCGCUCUUUCUCGACCCCCAAGAGGUGAGUCUCGCCGCAGACGUCGUGGUGGAGAAGGUGUGGGCCUCCCAUUGGUCGUCGUACGCGCUGACGAGCGCUGGUCACGUGAUGGUGUGGGGACUCAACAAUUACCACCAGUUGGGCUUCCGGAGCGAAGGCUUCGUCGAAGUCGUGAAUUGCGAUCAAAACGAGUCGCAAACGAGUCUCAAACUCAUCGUCGAACUCGAACCCGUCCGCUGCCCGAACGCGCCUUCCGACGUGCGGCAGAUCGCCAACGGCCAGCACCACGUGAUCGCUCUGGACGCCGAGGGCCGGGUGUUCGCGUGCGGCUCCAACACGUACAGCAAACUGGGCUUCAAGACGGAAGUGAGCGCCGACCACACGGUCGACACCUUCACGCGCAUCGACGCGCUGGACGGCGUGUGCGACAUCGCGUGCGGCGAGUUCUGCUCGCUGGCCGUGACCAUAGGCGGCGACGUGUUGUCGUGGGGUCAGGGCUCCAAACACAUCGGAUCCGCCGACUUCCAGGACAUCGAGACGCCGACCAAAGUGUCGGGUCACGUGAUGGCGUCCACGAAGUUCGUGAGCGCUUCUUCUGGUUCCCAACACUCGCUUCUGAUUGGCUUCGAGCGCGAAGUGAACGGGAAUUGAGUUUUACGUCAUUUUAGUUGUUUUUUAUUUCAUGAAUUCGCGUUUUAAAUGAAUUAUUAUUUUCAUUACAAUUAUGAUUACUUUUUGUGAUUAAAAAUCAUUUCUUCAAAACUAUAUUAAAGACCAGAGAAACGAAUUUCUCGUAAGAAAGCG